AAGGGACUUUGGGAAUGGGGUCAUUAACUGCCUUCCUCAGCAUCACCUGGGGCAUUUGUUAAAACUGCAGACCCCACUGUCACACCAUGGACCUAUAUCUCAGAACUGCUGGGGCUGAGGCUCAGAACUCUGCAAAUCCCAUGCUGGAUUUAAUGCAGACUAAGGUUUGAGAAUUCUGAUUGUAAUUCUUCCAAGACAGAUUUGUUCAUUCUUUUGGCAGUCCAUUCAAUAUUCUUUGCCAACACUGUAGUGCAAAGGUGUCAAUGCUUGGGUCUUCCUUAUUCAUAUUCCAGCUUUUGCAUGCAUUAAUAGGUGACUGAAAACACCACAGCUUGGGUCAUGUGCACCUUAGUCUUUAAGAUGACAUCUUUGCAUUUUAACAUUUUAAAGAGGUCUUUUGCAGCAGAUUUGUCCAAUGCAAUGCACAUUUUGAUUUCUUGACUGUUGCUUCCAUGGGUGUUGAUUGUGGAUUUGAGUAAAAUGAAAUCCUUGACAACUUCAAUCUUUUCUCCAUUUAUUAUGACGUUUCUUAUUUGUCCAGCUGUGAGGACUUUUUUUUUCUUUAUGUUAAGGUGUAAUCCAUACUGAAGGCUGUGGUCUUUGAUUUUCACCAGUAACUGCUUCAACUUCUGUUCACUUUCAGCAAGCAAGGUUGUGUCAUCUGUAUAAAGCAGGUUGUUGAUGAGUCUUCCUCCAAUCCUGAUCCCACAUUAGUCUUCAUGUAGUCCAGUUUCUCAAAUUAUUUGCUCAGCAUACAGAUUGAAUAGAUAUAGUGAAAGGAUACAACCCUGACACACACCUUUCCUGACUUUAAACCUUGCAGUAUUCCCUUGUUCCAUUUGAAAGAUGGCCUCUUGAUUUAUGUACAGGUUCCUCAUUUUUUUAAGGUUUGAGAAAAGUUUGAGAAAGAACCCCUGGGUGGGGCCAACGGUUAGACCUCGGCUGCUAACCAAAGAGCAGGAGUUUGAGCCAACACAGAGGUGCUUCGGAAGAAGCCCUAGUGAUCUACUUCUGAAAAAUCAGCCAUUUCUGAAAAAAGGAGCACAGUUCUACUUUGAUACACAUUAGGUUGCCAUGAGUCAGAACCAACUUGACGACAACUGGUUUAAAGUUUGAGAAUUAUUGUGCUAAGGAAUCACAAUUGACUCCAUUGAAAAGCAGUGAACUGAUGAUUUAAUUUUUCUAAAUGAAAACAAUACAAAAAUGUAAAAACAUUAAAGUAGAUUAAAGGCCCCAUAGUUACAUCAAACAAAAUACAUCUCCGGUUAACAUUUUGACAUAUCAGCAACGUACUAUAAUUAUCACUACUAUGAGGGUUUUUAAAAAAUAUUUAAAUUUACAUGGUGCCUUUAAAAAAAGUGUUAUCCUCAGGCUAGCAAUUAUCACAAGAAUUUUAAAAAUGACAUGUUGCCACUUGUCCCCAUUAUUGCCUAAUAAAUUUCAAGUUUUUCAGUGCCAGCAGAAUCAGAUGUAGGUGAGUCAGUAAAUAUAUGUCUGUCUUUUACUUGACUCGGCUUCGCUAGUAUGCUAUUUUCCUUCUUGAGGUUUUGCUCAGCACCCUUAAACUGUUUACCAUCUGAAAAUCUUUUUUCUUCCAUCAACUUUACUAACAUGGGGGUGAAUUUCCACAGUGGAAGUAUUUUCACUUUAAAAAAGUGAAAUAGCCAUAUGUGUGUCUCCUCUACACCGUACCUAAAUUAGCAGCCACUUCAAACGAGGGCACACACAAAUCACAAAUGUCACUGCUAGCUGGCCCCUUUGCAGAGGACCACCCGUGCUCAGCACAUUCAGUCAGGAGUUAAGGAGCAGCAGCUACCUAUUAGGUCCUGUGCUAGGUGCUGGGCAAAUAUUUUACUAGCUUUUAAAAUUACUGCAAAAGGAAUUAAGUGUGAUUUGUUGAAUAAUUCUAUCAUGAACUCUACAAUCCAGUAAAUGGAACUUAUCUUUGUUUUCUGAACAAGUUUCCUAUCUCCAUGUCUUUGGGAAAGCAAGUAUUUUUCUAUGUCCAAAUACUACCCAACCCUGAAGGAAUUAUGCAUGACAUUUUUUCUGGUGUUCUCUCUUCCUCAUCCUUUACUCCCUAAAUCUCUCAACUAACGGAUGUGCAAGGAAUGAUGAAAUUAGAAAAUCAGUAUCUUGAAACCCUUAAUGGAACUAGAUGGUAUAAAUGAUUAAUGUGCUUAGUUGCUAACUGAUAGGUUGGAGGUUCGAGUCUACUCAGAGGUACCUCAGAAGAAAAGCCUGGUGAUCUACUUCUGAAAAAUCAGCCACUGAAAACCCUGUGGAGCACAACUCUACUCUAACACACAUGGGGUCACCAUGAGUCAGCACCAUGAGUCAGAAUUGACUCAACAGUAACUUUUUUUUUAAAUGAAACCAUUAGCUGAAAUGUUGACAAGGAACUUUACCAUCGAAGGAUCAGACUGGCACCACCUAAACCCAGAUCUAUUUUAGCAUCAUAAAAAUGGUGCAGCCAGACUUCAUAUGCUUUACAGGAGGCAGAAUGGAGCACAUCUCAACUCCUAUGAAACUCCCCUGCAAAAAAAAGGUUCUUGAAACAACCACAACACCCACUGGACCAGGGAGUAAGGAGGAGAAGCCUGCCUAGUCUUCCCAGAAGUCCAGAGCGGCACGAGCUCCCAGAUCCCCAGCCUAUAGCAGCUCUACCUGAGAUUCCUCCUCUGGACAGAGCAGGUGGCAGGGACAGAUCAUCUAAUAGGCAAGGAUGGGAGUGGUGAGCAGCAAAAAGCAGGUCAAGGAGAAGGAUAAGGGCCGAUGGAGCCCCUUGAGGAUCAGCACCCAGAGCAAGGCUCCCCCACCACUGCCACCCCUGGUCGUCUUUAAUCAUCUUGCUUCUCCACCUGCAGACAAGCACCUGGACCGAGAGGAGCAUUUUGUGGUGGCUUUGUAUGAUUACAACGCAGUGGAUGACCAGGACCUACAGAUGCUGAAGGGAGAGAAGCUGCAGAUCUUGAAGGAAACUGGAGACUGGUGGUUGGCCAAAUCACUCAUCACUGGAAGAGAAGGCUAUGUGCCCAGUAACUUUGUUGCCCGAGUAGAGACCCUGGAAGUGGAAAAGUGGUUCUUUAGAUCAAUUAGCCGGAAAGAUGCUGAGAGGCAGCUUCUGGCUCCAAUCAAUAAGGUUGGCUCUUUCCUUAUUAGAGAGAAUGAAACAAAUAAAGGUGCCUUUUCCCUGUCUGUGAAGGAUGUAACCACCCAGGGGGAGGUGAUCAAACACUAUAAGAUCCGAGUGCUGGAUGAAGGAGGCUAUUACAUCUCUCCCAGCAUUACUUUUCCCUCGCUCCAAGACCUGGUGCAGCACUAUUCUAAGAACGGGAAUGGUUUGUGCCAGAGGCUGAUGCUGCCCUGUGUGAGCCUGGCUCCUCAGAAGCCCUGGGUCCAGGAUGAAUGGGAAAUUCCCCGGCAGUCUCUCAAACUGGUCAGAAAACUCGGAUCCGGGCAGUUUGGAGAAGUCUGGAUGGGUUAUUACAAAAACAAUGUGAAGGUGGCCAUCAAGACCUUGAAGGAGGGAACUAUGUCUCCUGAAGCCUUUCUGGGUGAGGCCAACAUGAUGAAAACCCUCCAGCAUGAGAGACUGGUCCGUCUCUACGCCGUGGUCACCAAGGAGCCCAUCUACAUAGUGACCGAGUACAUGGCCAGAGGAUGCCUUCUGGAUUUCUUGAAGACAGAUGAAGGUAGCAGACUGUCCCUCCCAAGACUGAUUGACAUGUCGGCCCAGAUUGCAGAAGGAAUGGCGUACAUCGAGCAAAGGAAUUCAAUCCACCGUGACUUGAGGGCAGCCAACAUCCUGGUAUCUGAGACCCUGUGCUGCAAAAUUGCCGACUUUGGCUUAGCCCGGAUCAUUGACAGUGAAUACAUUGCCCAAGAGGGUGCCAAGUUCCCCAUCAAGUGGACAGCCCCAGAAGCCAUCCACUUUGGAGUGUUCACCAUCAAAGCAGACGUGUGGUCAUUUGGAAUCCUCUUAAUGGAAAUUGUCACUUAUGGAUGUGUGCCAUACCCAGGCAUGAGCAACCCGGAGGUCAUCCGCAGCCUGGAGCAGGGCUACCGCAUGCCACGCCCGGACUCGUGCCCUCCCGAGCUGUACAGCGGCGUCAUCAGCAAGUGCUGGAGGAGCCGGCGGGAGGAGCGGCCCACCUUCGAGUUCCUGCAGUCGGUGCUCCAGGACUUCUACACGGCCACCGAGCAGCAGUAUGAGUCCAGCCCUAGGUUCGCCCACCAGCUGGCCUGGUCCUCCAGCUCUCAGAGGGAUGCUCACCUGGAGGAGAUGCAGCCAGAGCCUCGGGUGCUCUUGGGUCUGAGCUUCCAGUGACCGGGGGGUGGUCCACAAUCCUUGGGCAGACAGAAUUGCCUACGCAUAUUCCCUUCUGGCUCUUAUUCAGGUCCCAUGAUAACCUGAAAAUCAAAGGGAUUCAGUGGUGUAACUAAGGGGGUGCGGGGUGCAGACUGCACCGGGUGACACUGUCAGAGGGUGUUACACCAAAAUGACGGUCUAUGAAAUUUUUGUGCAGUGUUUCAGCAGAAAUUUAUUUAUUUUUUUUUUAAUCCCUGUAGUUAGUUAUAACAAUAAAAAAAUUUUUUUGUAAGCCCAGCUUACAUGUAUCAAUAUACCUACAAGACUAAAACUAUCCUAAUUUUCUUUUGAACCUUCUAAUGUGCUCUGGUCAGAGCUGUCUUUAUUACUCAAUUACAGUGAUGCUUCAAAACAUACGGUUUCAGUCU